AACAGCUCCUGCAGCAGCAGCAGCUCCGGGUUGUUUUGAACCAGGCGAUAAAUCAGGGCAGGUUUUGAGCUGCCAGCGAGGGGAGCCCUGGCAGCAGGCGGGGAGCAGCGGGAGGGCAGGUCCCUGCGGAGCCCAUGGCCGGAGGUGUGGCGUGGGCUGUCCCCACGGUCCCUGCGUGGGGCAGGACGGGUGGCAGCAGGUCCCGCUCGGCGCGGUGGUGGCAGCAGGAGCUCGGUGGCAGGAUUGGUGCAGAUCCUGGCAGUGGUACCAGCAUGGCUGAGCAGGACCCAGCCCCAGGCUGCCUGCACGGAAAGCAGCAGCUGCCAGCUUUUACCUGGGAGGUGAGGGCCAAUGACAGAAACUACCACAAGCAAUUCAAGAAGAGAUUUGCCUUCUGUCUGACCAAGCAGAAGUAUGCGGGCAAUGCCAUUAAGACAGCCAAGUACAACAUCUUCACCUUCCUGCCACUGAACCUCUAUGAGCAGUUCCACAGAAUGGCCAACAUCUACUUUGUCUUUGUCAUCCUCUUACAGACCGCCCCUGAGAUCGCCACGCUGCCCUGGUAUACUCUGCUGUUCCCCCUGAGCUGCCUUCUCAUCAUCCGGGGUCUACGAGACCUGGUCGAUGACAUCGGCCGUCACCAAAGUGACAGAAACAUCAACAGCAGGCCGUGUGAGAUCCUGUCUGGGAAGAGCUUCCGCUGGCAGAAGUGGCGCGACAUCUGUGUUGGGGACAUCGUCCGCCUGCAUAAGGAGAGUUUUGUCCCGGUGCGUGGUGCCCCGGAGCUGGCUGUGCACCGGGGCUGGGGAUGUGUGGUCAGGAGGGGCCCAGCCAAGUGCUCUCUCUUCCCUUUUUUGCUUUUCAAGGCCGACAUGCUCUUGCUGUGCAGCUCAGAGCCCAGCAGCCUGUGCUACGUGGAGACUGUCGACAUCGAUGGGGAGACAAACCUGAAGUUCAGACAAGCCCUUCUGGUCACCCACCAGGAGCUGGUGAGGGAGGAGAGCAUGGCUGCCUUUGAUGGGAGAGUGACCUGCGAGGAGCCCAACAGCCGCAUGCACAGCUUCACGGGCACGCUGGCCUGGAGGGGAGAGACCUACCCCCUUGACAGUGAGAGGAUCUUGCUGCGAGGCUGCAGGCUUCGCAACACUGACGUCUGCUACGGCUUGGUUAUCUACGCAGGAUUUGAUUCCAAAAUUAUGAGGAACUGUGGAAAGAUCAAGCGGAAGAAAACCAAGCUGGAGCACAUGAUGGACCGGUUGGUGAUCAUAAUCUUCCUGGUGCUGUUGGUCAUGUCACUGUGCCUCGCCAUUGCCUCUGGGUUCUGGGCCAGGAUGUUCCAGGAGAAGCACAGCUACCUCUCUGCUCUCUACAACCACACAACUCCUGCCCAGCAGGCCUUCUUCAACUUCUGGGGCUUCACAAUCCUCCUGAGCAUCAUCAUACCCAUGUCAAUGUAUAUAAUGUUUGAAUUCAUCUACCUGGUGAACAGCUUUUUUAUCAACUGGGAUCUGGAAAUGUAUUACGCUGUCAAGGACAUUCCAGCAAAAGCCAGAAGCACCAGCCUCAAUGAUCAGCUUGGCCAGAUCGAAUAUAUAUUCUCGGACAAGACUGGCACCUUGACACAAAACAUUAUGAGCUUCAAGAAAUGCUGUGUCAAUGGGACCGUCUAUGGUAUGGGCACAGGCCAUGAGAACAAACAGCCAUCGGGGUCGGAGUUGACCUGGAGCCACCAUGUGGAGAAGAAUUUGGACUUCCACGAUGCGACACUGCUGGAAGCUGCCCAGCGGGACAAUGACCCUGUGCUGAGGGAGUUCCUGAGGCUGCUGGCCCUCUGCCACACCGUCAUGGUGGAGGAGAAGGGCGACCAGCUGGUUUACCAGGCAGCUUCACCAGAUGAAGAAGCACUGGUGCUGGCAGCCAGGAACUUGGGGUAUGUCUUUCUGGCCCGAACACGAGACACCAUCACCAUCAGUGAGCUGGGGAAGAAGAGGGUGUACAAAGUGCUGGCCAUGCUGGACUUCAACAGUGAUCGCAAGAGGAUGUCUGUCUUAGUGCGAGACCCCCAGGGCACAAUCCGUCUCUACACCAAGGGGGCUGACAUGGUCAUCCUGGAGAGACUGCAGAGGCGAGGGCCCAAUGAGACCUUCACUGAGAGGGCACUGGAUCGCUUUGCAGAGGAGACACUGCGGACUUUAUGCCUGGCCAGCAAGGAGGUGAGCGAGGUCGAGUACAGUGACUGGAGCAGGAGGCACCGUGAGGCCAGCAUCCUGCUGCAGGGCCGCGCACAGGAGCUGGACAAGCUGUACGAGGAGAUGGAGCAGAACCUGCAGCUGCUUGGGGCCACGGCCAUUGAGGACAAGUUGCAAGAUGGAGUCCCUGAAACCAUCCAGCUGCUGAAACUGGGCAACAUUAAAGUGUGGGUGCUGACAGGAGACAAACAAGAGACUGCCAUGAACAUUGGCUACGCAUGCAAGCUGCUCACGGAUGACAUGGAGAUCCUGGAGGAGAAGGAGAUCAGCGAGAUCCUUGAGGCUCACUGGGCUAGCAACGACAACUCCAGUGGCAGCAGGGAAGCCCAGUCCAGCAGCCGCCUCUCCCAGCAGUGCACCAGUGCUUCACACCACAAGAAGAGAGCUAUCAUCAUCAGCGGGGACUUCCUGGACAAAAUCCUCCACACGGGAGAGGUGCUGAAGGAGAAGCGGAGGCUGUGGCAGCGGCUGGCUUUCUGCAGGGCUGUGGGCUCAGAGCAACAGGGCAGUCUGGUGGAGAAGGCCUUUGUGGACUUGGCCACCAGCUGCCAGGCAGUGAUCUGCUGCAGGGUGACCCCCAAGCAGAAAGCUCUCAUGGUGCAGCUGGUGAAGAAGCACAAGAAGGCCAUCACGCUGGCCAUCGGGGAUGGGGCCAACGAUGUCAACAUGAUCAAAACUGCUGACAUCGGGGUGGGCAUCAGUGGGCUGGAGGGCGCACAAGCCGUGCAGUGCAGUGACUAUGCCCUGGCGCAGUUCUCCUACCUCCAGCGCCUCCUGCUUGUCCAUGGCCGCUGGGCUUACCUGCGCAUCUGCAAGUUCCUGCGCUACUUCUUCUAUAAGACCUUUGCUGGCCUCAUGGCCCAGGUCUGGUUCGCUUUCCACAGUGGAUUCACGGCUCAGCCUCUGUAUGAGGGCUGGUUCCUUGCACUCUACAACAUUUUCUACACUGCCUACCCUGUGCUGUCCAUGGGCCUUCUGGAGCAGGACGUGAGUGCCAAGAAGAGCCUGGAGUUUCCUGAGCUCUACGUGGUUGGGCAGCAGGAUGAGCUCUUCAACUACCGUGUUUUUGGCAUCACCCUCCUGCAUGGGGUCAGCACCUCGCUCACCAGCUUCUACAUCGCACUCUGGGCCUUCGAGGACCGUGUCGGCAGUAAGGCUGUUGGUGACUAUGAGUCCUUUGCUGUCACGGUGGCCACAUCAGCACUGCUGUCGGUCCUCAUGGAGAUCAUCCUGGACACUAAGUUCUGGACGAUAUUGUCCUUUGUGAUGGUCACUGCCAGCCUGCUGCUCUUCUGCCUCUUCUCCUUCCUGACCCAAAGCAUCGAUGCCUUCAGGAUAGCUCCUACCAUCUUCUGCUUCCCAGAUGCCAGCCGGAAUGCCCUGACCGACCCCUACAUCCUGCUCGUGAUCCUGCUGUCCCUGGUGGUGAACACUAUCCCCUCACUGACCAUCCACCUGUACCACACCAUGACAGGCAAAACCACCAUCCAGCAGAAGAUCUGCUUGAAAGCCAAGCGGGCGCCGGAGCCCUCAGUGGAGCUACGUGCCCAUGUCUCUCGUGGCUCCUUCCACCGCCGCUCCAGCUACGCCUUCUCCCACCAGGAGGGCUACGCCGGGCUCAUCACCCGCGGGGACAGCCUGCGGGCUGGGACCGCUCGCCCAGGCCUGCUGCACCCAGAGACAACCCCAGCUUUGUCCUCCCUCCCCAGCCCCUCGCCGUAGCUACCCUGGCACCAUCAACCUCUCACCAUGCUGGGAUGGGAGGUGCUGUCAAGGUGCAUUUUCCAAUCUUAUUUAGAUGGGUUUGAAGCCAUGGGCAGGCCCUAUGGAUGCGGAGGGGCUGGACCAGCCUGGGGGGCUGCUGCUCCAGACACUAAACCGUGGGACGUGUCCUGCCAGCACCUCUAUCUUCUCCACACAGUGUGUGUUACAGCCUGUAAAGAAAGCGGCCAACCUCUGCGACACACACCGGGCUGGUUCUGGUGUCUGUGGCUUUCACACGCAUCAGCCCAACAGAUCAGGCUUGAGCCGUGUGAUUUUAAAAUGCCCCCUAUUUUCUGGAGGAGGAUUGGGGUGUGAUUGAUUGAUCACCUGCAGGUUUUUCUUCUCUACUUUACCAGCCCGGCUUCCAGCAGCCUCUCCUCAUUGCUCCCCACCAUCUGUGAGGGUGCUGAGGUGCUGAAACAGGUUGCUCAGAGAAGCUGUGGCUGCCCCAUCCCUGGCAGUGUUCAAGGCCAGGUUGGACACAGGGGCUUGGAGCAACCUGCUCUAGUGGAAGGUGUCCCUGCCCGUGGCAGGGGGUUGGAACUGGAUGAGCUUUAAGGUCCCUUCCAACACAAACCAUUCCAUGAUUCUAUGAUCUCCACCUCCUUGUCUUUGCUAUCCCCACAUGAGGUGCGCACAGUGGUGGUGCCUGCUAUGUGCCAUGCCCCAACUCCUCAGCAGCCAUGUCCCACUCCCACAGGACUGAUAUCGCCACCUCCGGGGACAGCUUGUGCCCACACCCCGUUUGCUGCAAAGCCCUGAAAAGUGCUUUUGUGGGGAGGGCAAAGCGCUGGGGUGACAUCCACCAGUUCUGCCCAGCGGGAUGGGAACUGCAGGGCUCCACACUGGGGACAGCAGCAGCAGCUGCUAGAGAAGUUGGGUGUGAACAACUGACUGGUGACUGGAUCACCCUGUUUAUUACUCUUAUUUUUUAAUUAAAAGAACUACAGCUUUUCUCUCCUCUCCUGUAAAUCUCUGCUACCCCACCAAAAAAGCUGUACAGAAAGCUCCUGUGGUCCAUCUGUGUGUGUCACCCGAUCUUCGCGACCUGCCAGCACUUGUGCCAUGGCAAAAUGCACAAUAGGACAUGAUACUGGGAUCAAAAGAGAGGUAAUUCCAUCAGCCGUGGGGGCUUGGACCUGCCUGCAGCACACAUGACCUGAUGGGUUUGUUUAACAAGUGCUUUGGCCUCGUCUGCACUGAGUUUGUGAGAAUUAAAGUGUUUAUUUUGGGCUCUGGCCAAAGGCUGCUGGAUGCUGCCAAGAAAUAAAAGUCUCUGAGGCUUCCCCUA